AUGCUACCACCCAACGGACACAUUACACUAGCGGAGACAUCAACUGGGAGCUACAAGCCACGCCUGGCCAAGACCUUCUGGGAUAUGUCCAUCUACCACAUCGGCCAUCUAGGCAUCAGUGGCGACUACAAACUCAUCAUUUACGUGCUCUUCAUCCAGAAGGACACAUACUGGUUGAAGGGAAACAGUCGUUUGGAUGAGACAGUGGCUGAGGGCUUGUGCGUAAUAGCCAUUGAAUGA